CAACUCUGUACUCUACUCUUGAUUUGCCCACAAGUUCUAACAAAUUAGGGCAAAAUAUCAUUGGUUCAACAUUAUGGUUCUAACCAAUUUACUUAAACACCUACGUUUUCAUUUUGUAAAACAAAAACCCCAAUUAAUCUAUCCAUUUCAAGAUUCAAUCAGGACUAUUAAUUUUCUUACGUUCCAAAGUUACAUUCUUUCUCAUAAUCGUAUCAAAAAGAAAUCAUCACUUUUCGACAUUAACAAAGCAAUACUUCAGCACCCAGCAGGAUCUGAAGCUCAAACAUCGCCGAAAAUGGAGGGACAAAUCGCACGGCGCCGUUUUGCAAUGAUGAUUUUGUUGUCGGUUUUACUUGCGACUUCAUCGUCUGCAUCUGCUUCAUCUCCCGAGGUUUUCGUUAAGAAAACUAUUUCUUCUCAUCAAAUCGUCAUUUUCUCCAAAUCUUAUUGCCCGUACUGUAGGAGGGCGAAGGAGGUUUUUAAAGAGCUGAACCAAGCACCACAUGUUAUUGAGCUGGACGAGAGAGAUGAUGGUUGGAAUAUUCAAGACGCACUCAGUGGUAUUGUUGGGAGGCGCACAGUACCUCAGGUCUUCAUCAAUGGAAAGCACAUUGGAGGAUCAGAUGAUACUGUGGAAGCCUACCAAAAUGGAGAGUUAGCCAAACUUCUGGGCAUUGAUUCAACUGAUCGUGAUGAUCUGUGAUAUGUUAUUGAUGAAGCAUUAUGUAGUCAUAUUUUUAGAUUGAAGGUACUAGUCAAGCAGGCCACAAACUGAAGCGUUCAUGAGAAUUUUGAACCCAUUGUACACUAUGCUAUUAUAUUUACAAACAAUGUAGUCAUAUUCCAUUGCAUUAGUUGACAAUCCAAAUGCAGUCUUUACUUAUCCUUGGCCCAGAAAUAAAAGUAGGGAAUACAAUUGCAGCCUUUUGUUUCUCCGUUUUUGAAAUGUCGAACAUGAUUCUGGACCAAAUUGUAUCCUUUCAGACGUGGUUUUUCACUUAUGAGUAUCAGUAGACAGUUUUUUUUACUA